CUCCGCCUCUGAGCUCCACAUGUGCAACCACAGCAGCACGUCAGUGAGGCCAGCUGCACAGACUUCACUUGGCUGUCUCCUGACCAGGGUUUCUCUUUGAUUUUCUACAACCGUCAACGAUGCCCAGUUCCCAGAAUGGAACGAGAAGCAGACCUGUGGCGGCCAGUGGAUCAGGGUGCGGCCCGGCCUGGGUGCCGACGCGCUGGGCCCCCUGCCCACCGAAAGGACUGCGCCCGCAGCAGCCGUGGGGGUGGCUCUGGAGGCCGGGCACAGGUUUGAGAGCGCUGUCUGUGCCCGGUUUCCCGCACAGAAAGGCACAGCUCCUUCCCAGUCCAGGUCAGCAGGUGGCGAAGGUCACAUGUCUGACCCGUGAGGGAGGCGUUGCCCUUUUACCAGCUCCAUCCCCACUCUUCCUAUGGUCCUUGUCAUCGCUGUUCUCAUUCACCCUUUGAGGAACUGAUACUGGAGGCCCCGUGACUUGCCCAAGGCCCUCCCCGAUCCCUGGGGACACUUGCACUGAGGGGACGGAUUCCUCACAGCGAGGCCUCUAGUUUGAAAUCCAAGGAAGCGCCGAGGCGGGCAUUCUAAGCCGCUCCUGGAGAUGCUGCCUCCUGCACUGCCUAACGCAGCUGCUUGAGGAUGUGGCUGCUUCUCCCUAAAGGCGAUGCCCCAGGACCCUGUGCGUAGACUGCAGCUCCGCCCUCGCCAUGCUGCCCACGGCCUCCAGCAAAAGAAGAACGCUUGCGGCCAGAUAUUUUGCCCGCUCCAAAAGCCUGGUGAUGGGGGAGCCGAGCCGGAGCCCCGGGCAGCCCCCCGGCCCACGCGGGGGCGGCCCCGUGCUGAAGGCGGGCUGGCUGAGGAAGCAGCGGGGCAUCAUGAAGAACUGGCAGCAGCGCUGGUUUGUGCUGCGCGGGGACCAGCUUUCCUACUACAAGGACAAAGACGAGGCCAAGCCCCAGGGACUUAUUUCUCUGCAAGGGACGCAGGUGGCCCAGCGUCUUCCUGGCCCUGAGGAUGUGGGGAAGUACCUCUUUGAGAUCAGCCCAGGUGGUGCCGGGGAGCGGGAGAAGGUGCCGGCCAGCCCUGAGGGGCUCCUGCUCAUGGCCAGUUCUCAGCGUGACAUGGAGGACUGGGUGCAGGCCAUCCGCCGGGUCAUCUGGGCCCCGUUUGGUGGAGGUACUGCCCGUAGCCUGCAUGCUCACCCUCUAGAACCCUUGCGUCCAGGGAUCUUCGGGCAGCGCCUGGAGGACACAGUGCACCAUGAGCGGAAGUAUGGCCCGCGCCUGGCACCCCUGCUGGUGGAGCAGUGCGUGGACUUCAUCCGGGCGCGUGGGCUCAGCGAGGAGGGGCUCUUCCGCCUGCCCGGCCAGGCCAACCUGGUGCGGGACCUGCAGGACGCCUUUGACUGUGGGGAGAAGCCGCUGUUUGACAGCACAACAGACGUGCACACGGUGGCCUCCUUGCUGAAGCUCUACCUGCGGGAGCUGCCCGAGCCCGUGGUCCCUUUCGCCAGGUACGAGGACUUCCUCAGCUGCGCCCAGCUGCUCACCAAGGACGAGGGGGAGGGGACUCUGGAGUUGGCUGAGCAAGUGAGCAGCCUUCCCCUGGCCAAUUACAACCUGCUCAGUUAUAUCUGCAAGUUUCUGGAUGAAGUUCAGUCCCACUCCAAUGUCAACAAGAUGAGCGUCCAGAACCUGGCAACCGUUUUUGGACCUAAUAUACUUCGGCCACAGAUAGAAGACCCAGUGACCAUCAUGGAAGGCACGUCCCUCGUCCAGCACCUGAUGACCGUCCUGAUCCGCAGGCACAGCCAGCUCUUCAGUGGGAGGGCCCCAGAGGGGCCGGCCGCGCCCCACGGGGGCCCACCCUGCACAGUGGGCUGGGGCGCGGAGGUGGUUCCGGAGGACAGCCAGGCAGAGCCCGGGGGCCCCCGCCCGCCCUCACUCAGGACCUCGUCUCUGGACGGGGCGGCCGUGGCCACGCUCUCCAGGAACGCUCCCCGCGGCCCUGGGAAGAGGCUGCAGACCCUGCCCAGCUGGAAGUCCUCCUUCCGGCAGGCGGGGUCUCGGUCGGGCAGCUCGUCCCCGGAGGUGCCCACCGUCUCCUCCGGCGGGAACUGGCUCAUGAAUGGGCUGUCCUCCCUGCGCGGCCGCCGCCGGGCCUCCUCGGGCGACCGGCUCAAGGACAGCGCCUCACAGAGACUCUCCACCUACGACAAUGUGCCGGCGCCCAGCCCCGGCCCCAGCGCGCCCAGCGUGACCAGCUCGGCCUGGUCGGGGGCCUCCUCCUGCGAGGCCUCCCCGGGGGCCUCCGUCAGCAGCUGCACCGCCUGCCGGGCCAGCGACUCUGCCUGCAGCUCCCUGCACCCCGAGGGCACCCCCGAGCCCUCCCCCGUCCCCAGCAGCAGCGAGGAGCUCGGGUCCCCGAACCCGGGGCGCAGUCUGGAGGAGGCGGCCGUCUGCCCCAGCAGCAGUGAGCCCAGCGAGCCCGGCAGCCCGGCCCGGGACCCCGCGCCCCACUCCAAGGCUCUCCAGGGCCUGGUGGCGGAGCUGCGGGCGGAGCUGUGCCGGCAGAGGACUGAGCACGAGCUGAGUGUGAGAAGACUUGAAGACGGUACCGCCGACCUGAGGAAACGAAUGUUGCGGCUGGAGGAGGAGCUGGACCAGGAGAAGAAGAAGUACACCAUGCUGCAGAUCAGGCUGCGGAACUCGGAGCGGGCGCGGGCGGACGCCGAGCGGAGGAACCAGCUGCUGCAGGAGGAAAUGGAGGAGUUCUUCUCCACCCUGGGCAGCCUGACUGUGGGGGCCAGAGGUGCCCCACAGUGAGGGAGCUCACUGCUCGCCUCCCUCCGCAGAGAGGGGGCUGUGAGGAGCCCCGAGCCCCGCCUCAUGGACCUCGGCAGGCAGUGCCGGGUGCUCUGCAGCCAGCGGAGAGGGAGUGUCGCCUCGCGGCCGGGGAAGCCCGAGCCCCUCAUGCCAUCUGGCUGCUGCUGCUGUGACUGGCAGGUGCCAGAGACGACAGGCCCGUGGCCACCAAAACGGAUGGCGCCUGGGAUCCAAGUAGCGCCCCAGGGACACUGCUCUCUUUAUUAAAUUCGCUCUGCAAGUGGGA